GCAGAGGAGAAACCAUCCGCCAUCACAGUCGCCGUCUCUUCUCAUCACUCCCACAAGGCGGCUGCGUGUCGCGUCACCGCGCUUACGUGCAGUCGUGACGUCAGUCUCGCGUGAUGAGACGUAUGGCGCCCGUAAGACAGUAGGAAGAAGCUGUGCAGUUUUGCGGGAGGCUUCUGUAAAGAUGGUUGGGGCCCAGCAACUGGAAAUGUCUGAAGUCCAGACGACAUCUGUUCAGCAACAGCCCCCUGUGCAAACCGUAGUAUCAAAUGAUCAUCAGUACGAGUGCCAUGAGUGUGGGAAAGUGUUUAAAUGGUCUUCUAGACUAAUUCAUCAUCAAAGGACUCACACUGGUGAGCGGCCAUACAAAUGCACAGAAUGUCCCAAAGCCUUUAAAGGCUCAUCAGCUCUCCUUUAUCAUCAGAGGAGUCACACUGGAGAACGUCCUUAUAAGUGCCUAGACUGUGGAAAAGCAUUUAAACGCUCUUCACUAUUGCAGAUCCAUCAGAGUGUACACACGGGAGUGAAAUCUUUUAAAUGCAAUAUUUGUGGAAUGGCAUUUAAAUGGUCUUCUCAUUAUCAGUAUCACGUGAGGCAACAUACAGGAGAGAGGCCAUAUCAGUGUAAUGUCUGUGACAAGGCCUUUAAAAACUCAUCAAGUUUAAGACGACACAGGAAUAUUCACACAGGUGAGAGACCCUAUGUGUGUACAGUUUGCGGGAAGGCUUUCACACAGUCUACUAACCUUCGGCAGCAUCAACGAAUUCACACAGGAGAACGUCCGUACAAAUGCGAAGACUGUGGAAAAUCUUUCACCCACUCCUCCAACCUCCUGCUUCACCAACGCACACACUCUUCAGGCGUUUCUCACAAAUGCGAACUGUGCGGGAAAGUGUUCAUUUCCGAUUCUUUUCUGCAAAAACAUUUGCAGUCUCAUGCCAUCGAGCAGGCAUUUGUACACGCUGAAGCUGAAGUGUAUCUGACAACUACAGCUGCUGUGGAGACGGUAGAGAUGGUGUUUAAAUGCGGAGAUUGUGACAUGACCUUUAAAAACGAAGAUUUGCUUUUGGCCCAUCAACAGACCCAUGUAGAAGAGACUAUAUAUCCAUGCACGAACUGUGAUAAAACAUUCAAAAAUGCUUCUGGUCUCUCUCGCCACAACCAGAACUGUCACUCCAGCGAAAGGCCGUUCAAGUGCUCCAUCUGUGAGAAGACCUUUGUGCAGCUCUCAAACCUUUUGGUACAUCAACGAACACACACAGAAGAGCAGCAGUUCAUUCAAACAGAGGCUGAGGUCACAUGCCCACAGACAUCAGAAAUCACUCAGCCAUCUACCGCUACACCAGCUGCAGAAACAGUUGAUCGGCAAUACAAAUGUACAGAGUGUGGGAAAGCAUUCAAAGGUACAUCAGGCCUCCGUUAUCACAUGAGAGACCACACUGGAGAACGCCCUUACAAGUGCUCAGAGUGUGGGAAAGCUUUUAAGAGAUCUUCACUUUUAUCCAUCCAUCAGCGGGUGCAUACGGGUGUCCGAGCAUUCAAGUGUGCAGAAUGUGGUCUAACAUUCAAAUGGUCCUCCCAUUAUCAGUACCACCUUCGACAGCACACAGGCGAACGUCCUUACAGUUGUACUGAAUGUGGCAAAUCAUUUAAAAACACCUCAUGCUUACGUAGGCAUCGGCAGUUACACACUGGUGAGCGCCCAUUUACCUGUCUGAUGUGUGGAAAAACCUUUACUCAGACUUCUAAUCUGCGUCAGCAUGAAAGAACACAUACUGGAGAAAGGCCAUACAAGUGUGACAAAUGUGAUAAGUGUUUCACUCAUUCCUCCAACUUGCAGCUACACCAGCGCACACAUUCCAGUGAAAAGCCUUUCAAAUGUACCUUUUGUGGCAAAAGUUUUGUCAUGUCCUCUUACCUUCAGCGGCAUUUGCGUACCCAUGUUUCAGCUACUUUGGUAACUACAGAGAAUUCCACACAAAAUAUUCAAAACUCCCAAAAUUUACAGGUUUUACCAAACAAUCCAGGAGUGCAGAUUAUACCUAGUAUGCCUGCACACCUAACCCUUGAAGGAAGCAACCAACCCUGUUCUUCUAAUCCUCAAACAUUUGUACUAGUGCAAGUUGUCCAACAAAACACUCCAAAGUUAUUACUGCUGCCAAAUACACAGUUGUUUCCAUGCCAGCAGAAGGUCCCCAUAACUCUAAAUACUUCCAGUGUGAGUCUGGUACAGAAUAAUGCACAGCAAAGGAAUUCUCAGAGCAAACCAGGGCGUAGACGUUCCAAACAGAAAAAACCUGCUGCACCCUGUAAUGUUGCCCCUAAUCAUAAUAUUGUUAUUAUGCCUAACACAGGACAUGUUGUCCCUAAUAUUCAGCCUCUUCAAAAUGUGCAACUUCAAGCCAUACAGGGCUCUCCAAGAACCCAGGCAUUACCACUUGGACAAAAUGUAUUUGUACUACAGAAUAUUAGUGAUCAAGGUCCUUACCAAUUAGCAAAUAUGCAGAUCAAUGCAAUUCCUUCCUCUCAGAAGAGCUCUAGCAUACACAUACAACCAGCCCCUAUGACAAGAGACAUGGCUAAUGUUCAUAUUCAGACCUCGACUACUCCUCAAGAUGUUUCAGGUAUUCAGAUUCGAACCAUAUCAAGUUCUCAAGAAAUCCCUAACUUACAGAUCCAGACUGUACCAAGUACCCAGGCUAUCUCUAAUGUACAUGUUCAGACAGUGGCUAGUACGUCAGAUCUGUCAAACAUUCAAAUCCAAACCCUGUCUGGAUCAAAUGGAGUUACAGGCUUACAAGAAAGCCAGAAUUUGAUUGUGGUGCAAAAUUCUCCAGAAGAGCUUUUGAGUACUGGAGAAAGCGUAGAAAACCUGCAGUCCAUGGAAGAUGUCCAUGAUGUCCACAUUGAGACCUUGCAAACUGAAGAAGGCUUACAGAAUGUCAUUGUGCUUCAAAAUGCUAAUGGGGAGCAGACUAGGCUGUGUGUGCAAGAAGUGGAAGAUAUUCAGAAUUUGCAGAAUGUCCAAAUACAGGCCAUAACUAAACCCACGACUGCCAUGCAUCCUGCAGGUCAAAAAGUAUUUAUAAUACAGAGUUCUCAGGGAGAGCAGACACUUCAAGUAGUGGAUAAUCUACAAGGUGAUCAAAAUGUUCAAGUUUUAGAAAACACGCAUAGCUUGGAAGGUGGCCAGAAUAUACAGGUGGUUGCAAAUAACCAUAAUCCUGGCACUGUCCAGAUUUUGCAGAAUCUGCAGCUGAGGACUGUUCCAAAUAACCAGGGUGUCCAGGCUAUUCAAAAUGUGCAAAAUUUUCAAAGUAUACCCUCAACUACAAAUGGGAACCAAACCAUUCAAACGGUAGAGCUGGUCCAGAAAAGCCCUGUGCAGGGAGUACAGCAAGGCCUACCCAAUAUUCAGAUUGUGCAGGCUGUACCCAAAGUACAACUUGUCCACACAUUCUAAACAUUGCUUUAGAUACGAUGCACUUAAACGUCUUAGCUUGAGAGACCUCAGGCUGUGACCACCACUUUUUAAAUAUUUCUGGGUAUACUUGCCAGUCUUGCUUUAGGUAAGGGGGCCCUUGAAGGAAGGAUCUAUUCAUCUUAGACGGGGAUGUUCGGUCAAGUGUAAAAUAUAUAAAUAUAUUUAAAUGUAUAUUAUAAACUGUUUGGAUGUGUACUGUUAUGUUAUUAAUCUUAAUGGGGAUGAAUUUAUCCUUCAUUCAUAAAAAAAAUUCAGUGCAUCAGCCUUCCCGUACAGAUUAGGGAUGCACCGAAUCCAGGAUUCAGUUCGGGAUUCGGCCUUUUUCAGCAGAAUUCGGAUUCGGCCAAAUCCUUCUG